AUGUCUCGAUUAUUCUCAUCUCUAAAAAAUGAUAAUUUGUCACGUUUACCCAACGAGAUUUUGUAUAAUUUAUUAGAUCAGUUGGACGAUAAAGACCAGCAAUACCUUUCGUUGACAUGCCAAUGGCUCUAUCGUUUAAUAAGAAUGCAUCGUUUUAGUGCCGUGUCACCUGCUUGGGAGGAUGCCGAGAUUGCAGGUUCGGAGGGACUACCCGCAUCUUGUUAUCGUGAUGGCAUGUUCAUAAACGGCAUUUUAUAUAUUCCGAUCCUUGCGAAAGAAGGUCCUUAUUGUUUGUCUCUUGGAUUUGACCGAUCUCCUUUAAAAUUUGUUCGAAAUCCCAUAAAGUUUCAACAUGAUACUCAUGGUCAUUACGAACCGUGUAAAUUCGCAGCAACCGCCGCCAUAGAAAAUCUGAUUUAUAUAUUUGGAGGUCAAAAUCUCAUCACAGGAAGACUUACCAAUACUCUUUACGAAUUAAAUGUGAAUACAUUUGAAUUACGAGAGAUACAGAAUAGUCACAUGAUGCCAAAACCUCGAAUGUUGCACACGUUAAAUUUCAUUGAUCAUUAUCGAUUAGCGUUAUUCGGUGGACGACUUGAAAUGGAUGGUCAUUUUUACGAUACUAAAGAGUUCGCGGUCUACGACACGAGGAAAAAUGAAUGGACGAUAUGUGACGGAACCAAAUGUACUCCAUAUCCUCGAUCAAAGCAUUCAACAAUGUUCACGAACGGGAAACUUUACGUAUAUGGAGGUCAACAAAUCAAAUCAUUUUCUAGAUCUAAUCGUACGCACGAUGACCCCGAUAUAUGGGUAUACGAUGCAUUGAGACUCGAAUGGCAAAAAUUUCUGAAUUAUGAAGACGAAAAAUUUAUGUCGAAAAUUGAACUUCCCGAGAAUUGGGUACCAACAUCUGGAGCAAAUCCGUCGAGAAGAUGUGGUGCCGCGAUAUUACCAAUCCGUAAACAUAUAGCAAUAUUGGGAGGUAACGAAAUUUGUGAAUCGAAUAACGAAAACCGUCCGUGGGAAUUGAUGAAAAUUCUAUCCCCCAAAAAACGUACCUGGGCUCACAUAAGGGUUAAAGGAAUGCCUCUGAUUGAUUGUGUCGUAUUUUUGGUCGAUCGUAAAAUCGGAACAAAAAACAUUUUCGUACUCGGGAAGGACAAAAAUGAAGAAAAAAUAGUUAUGGGCUGGAUUAAGGAUACUAAUAUGAUUAAAAAUUAA